AACUGUCACUGUAUCAGACUCUGGAACCAGCAUGGGCCACUUGUCUCUCUCUGCCGAAUCUUUCUGUAAACUUCUUCUUCUCCAAUUGCGUGCUCUUAUACGACAGCCUGUGUGAUUUAAGACAAGUACGUUCUCUCGGUUAAUACAUAACAGUUACUGUUACUUCACUAACACCACCAAUACAAUCUCUUACCUCUUCUAAAUUUCAAAAACCCAAAGCCAAAAUCAUGUCUUCUCUCCACUCCCUCAAAUUUCAAUUUGCUCCCAAUUUCACUUCAUCUUUACACAAAUCUCGCCAUCUUCAAUUUUUCGCUUUUUCUCGCUCACCCUUUUCUGGGAAACUUCAGUUUGUUUGGACUUGCCCGGAAACCUUUAAAACCAAAGGCGAUAACCAUCUCCGCUCUGUUCGUUCCCUCUGUAAAACCAAGGAUGCUGAGAUUGAGAAGGUUAAAAGUGAAGAACAACUUGAACGGCCACCGUUUGAUAUCAAUCUCGCUGUCAUCCUUGCUGGCUUUGCAUUUGAAGCUUAUACAAGCCCUCCUGAGAAAAGUGGGAGACGGGAGGUUGAUGCUGCUGGUUGUAAGACAGUUUUUCUCUCUGAGUCUUUUGUGCGUGAGAUAUAUGAUGGUCAGUUAUUUAUAAAGUUAAAGAAGGGUAUUGAGCUGCCUGCCAUGGAUCCAUGGGGAACAAGUGAUCCAUAUGUGAUCAUGGAAUUGGAUGGUCAGGUAGUGAAAAGCAAGAUUAAGUGGGGGACAAAGGAGCCAACAUGGAAUGAAGACCUAACUUUUAAUAUUAAGCUGCCCGCAACAAGAAGUCUUCAGAUAGCAGCUUGGGAUGCAAACCUUGUGACACCACAUAAACGCAUGGGAAAUGCUGGCUUAAGUCUGGAAUACCUCUGUGAUGGUGACUUGCAUGAGGUGCUGGUUGAGUUGGGAGGAAUGGGAGGUGGUGGAAAGUUACAGCUUGAGGUCAAGUAUAAAAGUUUUGAUGAAAUUGAAGAAGAAAAGAAAUGGUGGCAGCUCCCCAUUGUUACAGAAUUUCUUAAGAAAAAUGGCUUUGAGUCUGCUCUAAAAAUGUUUUCCAGCUCUGAUGCUGUGACAGCACGUCAGUUUGUUGAAUAUGCUUUUGGGCAACUGAAGUUAUUUAGUGAGUCCAAAUCUAUGAAAGAUCUGUCUUCAAACAGUAAUGGAACAGAAAAUUUAGGAAUAUCUGAGAAUGCUGCUCUUGUGAUGGACAGGCCUUCUCAGAUGGAGAAUGGUUUAGAAGCCUCUUUGAAUGACACAAGCUGCAGUGAAGAAAGUGAUAUAGAGAAGAUUUACAUUGAUAAUGAUGUGACACAGUCUGAUAAACAUUUUUGGAAGAACUUUGCUGAUGUCAUCAAUCAAAACGUUGUUCAAAAACUAGGUCUCCCUGUACAAGAUAAAUUAAAGUGGGAUGCAUUUGACAUUUUAAACAAAGUUGGCUUACAGUUACGGAAGACUGCAGAAGCAGCUUAUAUUGAAUCAGGACUGGCAACUCCAGAAUUCAAGGACAAUAAUAAUAAUGAAGCAAAUGGUUCAUCUAGUAAUAAGACGGUUAAGUCUUCACUUCCAAACAUAAAGAAGGCUACAAAGGAUUUAUUAAAGCAAACUGAUUCUGUUUUAGGAGCACUAAUGGUCUUGACUACAGCAGUUUCUCAAUUAAACAAGGAAGAGGAUGCCACACAGAAUAAUGAAAAGUUCCCUAGCUCAUUGCAGGAUCCAGUAUUGGAUGAAAAGAAAGCUGAGGAGAUGAAAACAAUUUUUUCAUCAGCAGAAAGUGCCAUGGAGGCUUGGGCAAUGCUUGCCACUUCACUGGGCCAUCCAAGUUUUAUCAAGUCUGAAUUUGAGAAAAUUUGUUUCUUAGAUAAUGAAUCCACAGAUACUCAGGUGGCAAUUUGGCGUGAUUUUGAAAGGAAGAGAUUGGUCAUUGCUUUCAGGGGGACAGAGCAAGUAAAGUGGAAGGAUUUGCGAACUGAUCUAAUGCUAGUUCCUGCUGGGCUAAACCCUGAAAGGAUCGGUGGAGACUUCAAGCAAGAAGUUCAAGUUCAUAGUGGCUUUUUAACUGCAUAUGAUUCAGUCAGGAUAAGGCUAGUCUCCCUCAUUAAAUUGGCAAUAGAUUAUACAGAUGAUGGUGCAGAGCCAUUGCACAAGUGGCAUGUUUAUGUGACUGGUCAUAGUUUGGGUGGUGCAUUAGCUACCCUUUUUGCCCUUGAACUUUCAUCAAGUAAAUUAGCAAAGAUUCCUAUCUUUGAUGGCAAUAGGCAUGGGGCCAUUUCUUUGACUAUGUAUAACUUUGGAUCUCCCAGAGUUGGGAACAAGAAAUUUGCAGAUGUUUAUAAUGAGAAAGUUAAAGAUAGUUGGAGAGUUGUGAACCACAGAGACAUAAUCCCAACAGUCCCACGCUGGAUGGGCUAUUGCCAUGUUGCUCAACCCGUGUACCUCACAACUGGAUAUUUAAAAGAUGCCUUGGAAACUAUGGAGGUUCUAAAAGAUGCUUACCAACCUGAUGUGUAUGGGGAAUCCACACCAGAUGUUAUUGUUAGUGAAUUUAUGAAAGGGGAGAAGGAACUCAUUGAAAAGAUACUGCAAACUGAGAUCAAAAUAUUUCGUUCAAUUCGAGAUGGGAGUGCACUUAUGCAGCAUAUGGAGGAUUUCUAUUACAUUUCAUUGCUAGAGAAUGUGAGAAAGAAUUAUGUAAUUGGCAAAAGGUCACAGAAUGAUAAUCGAUCAAUCAGCUGAGAAAGGUACGCUGAAGUGUGCUUCCAAAUUUUAUGUUUGGAGCUUAAUCAAGUUGUCGUAGAGUAUUGUGGGUGGGCACUAUAUUCAGUCAGUGUGCCAGCAACUGCAACUGCUCAAGGAUUUUGCAAUUUAACGUCAGAUUUUAUUGUGCAGUCAUUAAUAUUCAACUUGUAUACUUGUAUAGAUAUACUUUGCACACAAGCUUUUAAGAGAAUAGAUGCAAUGGAAUACACCAUUAUUACUA